AUGGCCGAUCACCGGUUACGGAGCGUCGCGUCCUAAAUUCUUUCCUUGUUAUUCAUUAUAAUUUAGUGUAUUUUAGUAUUAAUGUUAAAAUAGUGUAAAUAGCCGCCAUGGAGUCGGCAAUAAACAAUGGAAUGUGCCGAUGUUGUGCCUCGGAGGGGACAUUUAAAGAUUUGAAAUCAGCGUACCAAUGGAUGGGCGAUGAAGAGGUUUAUUCAGAGAUGUUACGGGAAUGUUUCGACAUUACUCUGUUCACGAACAUAGAAGGCGAGGUGGAGGGCGGCAUCUGUGAAGUAUGCGUCACACAGCUCCGGAACGCUUCCAACUUCAAGAAGCAAGUUCUGCAGACUGAGGAGCAGUUCAAACUACGGUUACAGGACAAGCUGUUUAAAAAUGACAUCGUCAAAGUGGAGGCGCAACCGGACUCGGACAACGACUCUGACAACGACCACGCCUCUGAGGACUACUCAGAGUACGAAGUGCCAAUUAAGUUGGAGUCUGACGAACCUAAGCCGAAGAAGCGGGGGGCCAAAGCGUCCACCUCCCGUGCCAAGCGCACCAAGACUGACGACGGAGAGACCUCGAAACGAACGGACGGCGCCAAGCGCAGGAAAAAGAAAAAGGGUGACUGUAGCGCCACCCCCGAGCGGGUCGAACACAGGGUGAACGUAACCGCGAUACUGCAGUACUCCAACGCGAGUCCCUUCCGGGACAAGACCGUGCGGGGCUUCUCCUGCCUCUACUGCGCCAAGCACUUCCAAAACAUCGACGACCUCCGACUACACACCGCCCUGCGGUCCGAAAAGGACAAGAUCAACUCCAUGAUCGACUACAAGCUCAGCUACAACCCCAUCAAAGUCGACAUCACUGACCUCCGCUGCACUAUCUGCGACACCGACAUGAAGGAUCUCAACGAACUCAAAGACCACUUGGUCAGUUUCCACCAUAAAACUAUAUACAAAAACAUCAAAGACAUCAUCCUACCCUUCCGUCUGAAGGACGGUCAAAAUUUCACGUGUGUCAUAUGUUCCGUCGAGCAUAUAUCCUUUAAGAAUCUCUACCAUCACAUGAGUAGUCAUUAUAGGAAUUAUUGCUGCAACAUAUGUGGGGCUGGGUACAUAACCAUUGCGGCUUUAAGGAAACACGGUAAGACGCAUUACCAGGGACACUUCCCGUGCGAUCACUGCGACAAAUCGUACACAUCGUUGACCAAGAAGCGGAACCACGAAAAGGGCGUCCACACAGCGGGGUGGCUGAGGAACAAAUGCCCUCACUGCCCCGAAAUCUUCGUCAGCUACUACGACAGGAGCGAGCACCUCGUCAAGGUCCACAACGAGAAGCCAAUCAUAUACCCUUGCAACGCGUGCAACAAAACGUACAAGAAGAAGUUCGAGUUAAAUCGGCAUAUAAAACACCAUCAUCUGCAACAAAAGAGCUACCUAUGCGAUAAGUGUAACGCGAAGUUCUUCUCCAAACGCGGGCUCUCGGACCAUGUGAUAAAACACAUGGGCGGCGAAAUGUGCUCUUGUGAAGUGUGCGGUAAGAACUUCAGCCGCUUGAGAACUCUCAAGGAACAUAUGAAAGUCCACGACGAGAACAAACGGUACCAAUGCGAAAUCUGCAAGAAGACGUUCAUGCAGAAGUGCAGCCUCAAGAGCCAUGUACGGCUGCACCAGGACGACCUGGAGAUAUUCAAGGAGUUUGAUGACGUCAAACAUCUGAUAGACAAUAGAGAGAUGACCCUAACGCAAAUAGCGCAGGAAAAUAAAAAGAAAGAGCAGGCUGAUAAAAUGAAAGACAUGUUUACAUAGAAUGCCGCAUUUCAAACUCAAUAUUUCUGUCAGUUUUGAACUUACUUGGUUUUCUUAUACCAUGGUGUAGACAAUAGUUAAGUGUCAAUUCGGACCAGCAAUAUAAACCGUCGCGUGAUUUUUCUGUAUCAGGGGAAUACUCACACAAGGGGUAACGGCCUCCGUGGUCCAGUGGUUUAAGCGUUGGGCUCACGAUCCGGAGGUCCCGGGUUCAAAUCCCGGUGGGGACACAUCAGGAAAAUCACUUUGUGUGAUCCCUAGUUUGGUUAGGACAUUACAGGCUGAUCACCUCAUGGUCCGAAAGUGGGUUGUGAGGUGGAUUACCAACCUCAUCAACACUGGUGUCAGGGUUACUAUUGAGCCGCUAAAGGCCCCUGACAUGGCUGAUGUAACGACUACUAACUUACAUCAGUAAGUAAAGGCUUAACGUGCCUUCCGAAGCACGGAUCAUCUUACUUUCGGACAAUCAGGUGAUCAGCCUGUAAUGUCCUAUAACCAAACUAGGGAUCACAAAGUAAUACCGUUACUAUCGAUUUUCAUAUCGUUUGCAACUUACAUAAGGCCACUGUUCAUAAAUUUUACUUCAUACCUGAAAACGUUCUGUGUCAAUUCUUGUUUUUACCUUUAAACAUUAUCGAUCAGUGUUGCUAAUAAUAAAAAUGAUGAUUAUUUUUUUAAAUUUUGAAUAUAGAAGUUGUAUUAUAAUGUUUUUAACAGACGAUUGUUCAAAAGCCCUCAAAGAUGGCACUUUUUAAUGAAUGCCGUCGCAAUAUAGAGAGUCCUCACGUAUACAGAUUAGUGAUGUUCCGAAUAUCCGUAUCCGCGGAUAUCCGAGAUAAAAGAAAAAUCCGUAUCCGUGUCCGUUACUUUUCACGCGGAUCUUUUACGGAUCUUUUUCAGGUGAUUAAGUAGAAUUAUUAAAUAAAAAACUAUAAAAUUCCAUUCAGAUUGUUUUUAUUUCCUAAAAUCAAAUAUUUGGCACCUUUAUAUUGCAAACAUUUAGAUAGAUAGAUCUUUAUAAUGAAAGCAAGAUAAAAUAUCACUUUUAUAACAAUGAAAUAACUAAAACUUAAUUUUUUUUAUUUUUUUUAAGAAAAUAAAGAUCCGUAUCCGUAUCCGCGGAUCUUUACACUAAAUAUCCGUAUUCAGAUCCGUAUCCGCGGAUAUACAUUUUUAACGAUCCGGCACAUCACUAUACAGAUAUGAUAUCACCUUUAUACAGUAUUAGUGACAUCGUAAAGAAAAAGGAGACUGGUCAUUUCCGCCCCAGGCCCGGCGCGAAAGAAACUUAUCUCAUAAUGUUCGUAAAAUUAGGUAAAGUAAAUCUAAAAAAUCCGAUUUGCUGAAAUAUUUCAAAAUGCAAAAAUUUCUUUAUUCAGUAGGUAACAUAGUUACACUUUGAAUCGUCAAUUUUUACAUAACGAACGUCUCAUCCGCCUAAAACUACUGCAGCUUCUAACGACCUGUAUAGCCGGGGAAAAGAAGCUGCAAGAAAAACCUUUGGCGAACAUACUGAACCUAAUGUUCUUGUUAAGGCGCAAUAUUUUAUUUCUUACAUUUUUUGCCGGGCCUGGGUUAAUUUUGUAAGGGCCGCGACCAGUCUCCUUUGACGGAUGAUGCAGACCAUGAUUCUGAGUUGAUAUCAAGAAAUUUUCCGACAGGAAAUUCCAUAAAAUAUGGUCAGAAUCCAUCCCACAAUCACGCAUCAAUCCCGCAUUGGAGCAGCGUGGUGGAGUAUGCUCCAUACCUCCUCCGGUUGAUUGAGGGGAGGCCUGUGCCCAGCAGGGGACGUAUAUAGGCUGUUUAUGUUAUGUUAUGUAUGGUCAGAAUCAUCCCCCUAAGUAUUCGUUACGGUGUUACUAACAUCCUGUAUAGAACGGUGUGAUAUUACAAUGUUUCACACGAAGAUUUUACUUAAGCUCUCGACAUUUUUAAUGAAUGCUAUUGGAAUAGAGAGUCCUACCGCAUCCAGAUAUUACAUAUUGUCACCUUUACAUACAAAUUGUUUAAAAUUGUUGAUUGAUUGAGAGGAAAAUUAUGUGCAAGUAGUUUUAGGCGAAUUUUAUGUUGAUCUUAAUCGUGAAUUCACUAUGAGUGCAAAUAAAGUUGAUUCAUUAUGUAAUACUUAUCUCUCUCUUUAUUUAAGAGCUGCGCUCUUGUCGGUGGAAUAAUCGCCUUCAUUACUCUAUAGAUAGGGCGUGUAGAACGGUGGUUGCCCCAAUCGCCUUCCAUUCCGCAGUACACCGACCAAUUUCUCAAUCGGUGAUGUUCUAGCUAGAGCCCUACCAGAAUCCAUUUCUUCGGCCUCCAACCAGUACUGAUACCGCUGCUGCCCGGCAUCAGGGGUGCGCUUUUUUAUACUUUUAACGUAGUCUUAUAAUGAACCAUGUAAGCGUCUUUUUGCAAAAACACAUUCGGCUGUGAUUUUUGUUAACAAAACGUCGCAAUAGACAUUUUGUUUUGUUUUUCCCCGAAGGACAAGGCAAAGGGAACUAUGCCUGUUGAGAUCGCAUACGUGAAAAAUAUCGAGAAAGCAAAAACAUUGUAAGCUGAUUUUAUUAUGAAUGAAAAACUGACAUUUAAAACAACAGAACAAGAAACAUAGUGCCUAUUUCGAUAAAAACAAACUUAGUUUGGCAGUUUUAAACAAGACCCCGAUACCGACCCCGCCGGUGUGGUCGACGAUUUCCCAAAUUCAGCGCUUAUCGCUAUCGUCCCACUAGGGUCGAUUAAUUCGUUCAAAUAUUUUUCCUCUCAGACGACGCCCUGAGCCGAGGUUCGCGCCCAACUGGGCACCCUCAGGCCUGUUGUCUUAAACGUUGUAUAGGGUUAGAGCCUUCAGCGCUCCCCAUUUGUCCGGCCAAGUAGUUAAUGCCAUCUGCGGCAAAUCUACAAUAAGUCACGUCAAAAAAAGGCAGUUUUAAAACUAGCUCUAUCUCUUACUUGUACUUGUCGAAGUGAAGGAUGACACUAUUUUUAGAGUUUUCACACUAAAAUGUUUUUGUCCUCCAGAAUUAGCACCGUCGAGUCUAUGAAUAUAAUGAAAUGACAUUUUGAAAGGAAAUCACAUUUUGUAACCAUAGAUAUCUCUAUUAUUUGUUUUGCAUCGAAUAAUAUAGUAAAGCGUAGGUACACCCUAUCCACUGCCAAGUUGUGCCCUCUUAGCUUCCGACCAAUUCAUCACUUUGUAAUUAAAUAAAUAGAUGUGUGAAAUAAAAUACUAUAUCAUUUGAA